AUGGUGGUCACAGCCCCAGGGGACGUGUUGAUCAAUUUUAUCAUCAAUUAUCUCACGAACCAGACCAGGCUGCCCGUGAAGGGGAGCGACUUCAAUGUCAAGGAGCUGCUGAACGGCUCCGCGCUGGCCUCGAAGUUCAUCGGUGGUACUGCGGUCUCCAACGUGCUCGAGCCUUACGUUUACCACAACUUCCACGCCCCCGUGGACGGGCGCCUCGUUAAAGCGGUGGACGUGCCAGGUUAUUUCUUCGGCAUCCCGGACGGCAUGCGGUGGUUUGGCAGCGAAGACACUGGCAGCUCGGACACGGACUUCGGCGUGUUCUCGGGCUUCCACCGCCUCGUAUUAAUCUACGACACCGGCCCGUAUGGAUUGGUGGCGCAGGUGGCGGUCGGCUUGGCGGACGUGAACACCAUCUGCCCCACGGUGAAUGCUGAGAUGCCUUCGGUGCCUCCUGGCUCUUGCAGCGGCGCUUCGUGCCCCGAGGUCAGAAAGGGCGAACGCAUGGGGUUCUUUCUAUGCGGCGGGUCGCUGAACAUCCUCCUCUUCCAGCCUGGCGUGUUCGCUUCCCAGGACCUCCCCAUGGGCAACCGCCUCGGCAGCAUGAGCGCCAUAUCAUAGCCUCCCCCGCCCUGAGCGUCAUCAAGCGAAUGCGCAGCUGGAGUACCCGUGAGGUCAAGCGGCACGGCUCUGAGAGGUUGUGGGGGGGCAAGCCAGAUUCGAGGAGGUUUGUCCACCGCCGAGCUGAGGCGCCACUGUUCUCGCACUGCGCCUUUUUAGGUCGCGGGAGGGUCGGCCAGCCGCAUCGGUCAGUUGGCCUGCCCGCCCCGCGUGCUCCGACCUUUCGGAGCCACUCAUGCUAUGAUUUGAAGUCCCCCCCUUCCCCCUUCCUCCUCCUCUUUUCUGAGCCCUCCUUCCUUCUUCUCCACCUCUUCCUCCGUCCGUCAGUCUUGCGCCUCGCAUGCCAAGUUGACUGGUCUGAGCAUUGCUUGGUCCGAGCGUGGCCUCGGCAUUGGCAUUGGCUAAGCCCUCACCAGGUGCUGCCAUUCUGGCUGGCCAGCCUUGCCCGCCACCUCCCCUCCCCUCCCCUCAUUGCGCCGUUGCCAAGCAUAUGAUCUUUUUCCUGCAGUCGAGCUUGCACGACGUGGUUGUGUAUCGUGGCGCAGUCGAGCCGAGUCAAA